AAUAAAUCCCUAUUUUCUACGCACGGCUUCUCUAAGGUCUCUUCGCGUUUCCUUUCACAGAUUCAUCUAUUAUUCUCUAAUCUCUACUUUCCCUCUCUACAUCUGCAAUUAUGAGCAAGGGACCAGGACUCUUCUCCGAUAUCGGCAAGAAAGCCAAAGAUCUGCUGACAAAGGACUACAACUCUGAUCAGAAGUUCUCCGUCUCAACUUGCAGUGACACUGGAGUGGUUCUUACAUCGACUGCACUGAAGAAAGGAGGGCUUUCAGCUGGCGAUGUAGCAGCACAAUACAAAUACAAGAAUACUGUAAUUGAUGUUAAAGUUGAUACUCAAUCAAACAUUGCAACAACUUUAACUUGCAGUGAGAUUGUGCCGUCAACAAAGACUAUUGCUUCUUUCAAACUGCCAGAUUACAACUCUGGCAAGUUGGAGGUUCAGUACUUCCAUCACCAUGCAACUUUCACUACUGCCGUUGCCCUGAACCAAUCACCUGCUGUGGAUCUUUCAGCGACCAUUGGUACCCCAACUAUUGCUUUUGGUGCAGAGGCAGGCUAUGAGACCUGUUCUGGUAAAUUUACAAAAUAUACUGCUGGAAUUAGCGUGAUGAAACCAGACUCUUGUGCUUCAAUAAUUUUGGGUGAUAAAGGAGAUACCAUAAGGGCAUCAUAUGUACACCAUGUGGAUCAAUUAAAGAAGAGUGCUGCUGUAGGAGAGAUCACCAGAAGGUUCUCAACAAAUGAGAACACAUUUACUGUUGGUGGGUUGUAUGCAGUUGAUAACCUGACAUUGGUGAAAGCGAAGCUCAACAAUCAUGGGAGGCUUGGGGCCCUUUUGCAGCAUGAAGUCAUACCAAAGUCGGUUCUGACCAUCUCUAGUGAGUUUGACACGAAGGCCUUGGACAAGAUUCCCAGGUUUGGGGUGGCUCUUGCUCUCAAGCCUUGAUGGUAGAAAAAUUCAAUACCCUUUCUGAUUGUUUUUUGGAUGCCCUUAAAAGGGUGCUAAAAUAAGUAGUAGUGUUCCACACAGAUUUCUUUCUAGCUUCUCGGUGACUUUGGAAGGAUUUACUUGGAUAUUCAGGUCUAGCCAUGGUCUUAAGCUUUCCUUGUUUCGUUGCUCCUGUUUCGGUAGGAGGCAUUUUGACAUAUGCACUCGUACGCUUUUUUCCUUCUUGUUUUGGUAGGAAGCAUUUUGACAUGCACAUUUGAGUAUCUCGUGCACUUUUUUAGUUAAAAGCAAUUGAUUGGAGGCUGUUUAAAUGCACUCUGUAAAAUGGCUUGAUGUUAUUAUUUGAACCAACAAAGAUUUUGUGCU